UCAAUGUUUCUUGUCAUUUGUGGUUUUGGUGAUUUUUGGUGUUUGGAAUAUUCGGCAAACAUUUAUUUUUAUUUCUUGUAUUGAUCGUGAGAUUAGUGAAAAUGAAAAGUAUUUUCAUUCAUUGAUAAUUAAUUUGCCAUCUGGGAAUAUAUUGUUUGUGAUCUGAGAGUAGGCCACAAGCGAAUGAGACAGACUAUGUGCACGGUACUCAAAAAUAUCGCUUAAACAUGUGCAGUGUCCGGUUAUUGAGUGAAUUUACUAUUUUACUGUGAUUGUGGUAGUACAAAUUACUUUAAAAUGAUGGCCACGAUGGCCGCCGGUGGCCCCGGCGAUCCGCAUACCCAAAUGAACACCUACAGAAGCUAUGUUACCAUGUUAGCAGACCCUGGCGCUAAGGAUGAAAUCAAGCUCAAAGCAGCGCAGGAGCUUAGUGAAAAUUUCGAGGUCAUACUAAGUUCACCGCAGUAUCCACAAUUCUUAGAUCACUCAUUGAAAAUAUUUCUUAAAAUAUUGCAAGAAGGAGAACCACAUUUCAUUGCUGAGUAUAACAUUCAGCAAGUCAGGAAACUUAUCCUGGAAAUGAUCCAUCGUUUACCAAUAAGUGAGACUUUGCGACAGUAUGUCAAAAGCAUUCUCAUACUGAUGUUAAAAUUGAUGGAAAUUGAAAAUGAGGAAAAUGUUCUUGUUUGUUUGAAAAUUUUUAUGGAGCUUCACAAACAAUAUCGUCCAGCUUACAGUGCCGAUGUUGAUAUCCACAAGUUUCUGCAAUGGGUAAAAGGCAUUUAUUCAGAUUUGCCUAAUCAUUUACCAAAAAUAUUUGAGCCAAAGCCUACUAUACGAGUCAAAGAUUUAUCUGAAGUCAACAUUGAACAACUACUUCAAGAGACUUAUACUACGACUCCUAUACACACUGAAAAGAAAUUAUUAGAUGGAAGUGUUGUAACUUACAACCUAAUUCCACGAUCUGUAUUGUCACUAAAAGUGAUUCAAGAGCUUCCGAUAAUAGUGGUACUAAUGUAUCAGUUGUAUAAGCAGAAUGUGCAUCAAGAAGUCAGCAACUUUAUUCCUCUCAUUAUGGAAACUAUAACUUUACAGCCAGCUGUCACACAUAGACAAUCUGCAUCAUUCAACAAAGAGGUAUUUGUGGAUUUUAUGGGGGCACAAAUAAAAACGUUAGCAUUUCUAGCUUACAUCAUCAGAAUAUACCAGGAGACUAUAGCAAAUCAUGCUAAUCUGAUGGUGAAGGGUAUUAUUGGCUUAUUGACUCUAUGUCCACCAGAAGUGGCACAUUUAAGGAAGGAGCUUGUUAUAGCAACAAGACACAUUCUCGCGACAGACUUGAGGCUAAAGUUUGUGCCUUACAUGGAACGUUUAUUUGACGAAGAGGUAUUGUUGGGCGGUGGAUGGACAGUACACGAGUCGCUUCGCCCACUGGCAUAUUCAACAUUGGCAGACUUAGUUCACCAUGUUCGACAACACUUACCACUGACGGAUCUUGCUAUUGCUGCUCAUUUGUUCUCCAAAAAUGUGCAUGAUGAAUCUCUGCCUACGAGCAUCCAAACAAUGUCCUGUAAACUAUUGCUGAAUCUGGUGGAUUGCAUUCGGCAACGCUCGGAAAGCGAGGGUGCCGCGGCUGGCGCACAGCCUCAAGGCCGACAACUGCUAAUGCGCAUUUUAGAAGUGUUUGUUUUGAAGUUCAAGACCAUUUCUAAACUUCAACUGCCUGCGCUAAUGACCAAGUGCAGCCACAGCCAGCCGUCUUCACCGGCUAUCGCCAGUGCCAACGGAACGACUCCUAGCACUCCGACAACGCCGGCGCCUUCCACGCCCGGUGUAGAGACCAAGUCAGAGGAAGAGAAGCCCGGUCCAGACUUCCUGGACAGCAUAACCAAGGCGGAGGAGAAGUCCAAGAUUGGAUUCCCUUCGUCUCAAAUGAGCAACCUGAACGUGGGCGAUUAUAGGACACUUGUGAAGACGCUCGUUUGUGGAGUGAAGACUAUUACUUGGGGUUGCGCAUCAUGCAAACAAACUACCACCACAAGUGAGGGCACGACAACGACGACUAUCACCGGGCAGAAGCAAUUCAGUGCGCGCGAGACGCUAGUGUUCAUUCGACUCGUACGCUGGGGGCUGCAGUCUUUGGAUAUCUAUACACUAGCCGCUCCCCGCGCGCCCGUUCAGCCGCCCGCCCAACCACACGUGCGUUCUAAGGAAGAGAAGGAGGUGUUGGAGCACUUUAGUGGAGUUUUUUCCAUGAUGAAUCCUCAGACGUUCCAAGAAAUAUUCACAGCUACGAUAUCCCAUAUGGUGGAACGAAUCAAUAAGAACAUGACCUUACAAAUCAUUGCAAAUACGUUUUUAUCAAACCCAGCUACUUCUCCAAUAUUCGCUACGGUUUUAGUGGAGUACCUUUUGAAACGAAUGGAAGAAAUGGGCACAAAUGUUGAGAGAUCCAAUUUGUAUUUGAGGCUAUUCAAAUUGGUGUUUGGUUCAGUGAGUCUGUUUCCAACUGAAAAUGAGCAAAUGCUGCGCCCGCAUUUACACAGCAUUGUAAAUAAAGCAAUGGAUUAUGCGAUGACCGCUAAAGAGCCUUACAACUAUUUCCUGCUUCUUAGAGCUCUGUUUCGCUCAAUCGGCGGAGGCAGUCAUGACUUACUCUAUCAAGAAUUUUUGCCAUUACUACCAAACCUUUUAGAGGGUUUGAACAGACUUCAGAGUGGCCUUCACAAACAACACAUGAAAGAUUUAUUUGUCGAGUUGUGUUUGACAGUACCCGUAAGACUGAGCAGUCUAUUGCCUUAUUUACCGAUGUUGAUGGACCCCUUAGUAUCAGCUUUGAAUGGCUCACACACUUUAAUUUCUCAAGGCCUCCGUACACUCGAACUUUGUGUGGACAACUUGCAGCCUGACUUUUUGUAUGAACACAUUCAGCCUGUUCGAGCUGAUCUGAUGCAAGCUCUUUGGAGAACUCUACAAAACAAUGAAGUGGCAAGGAUCGCCUUUAGAGUUCUAGGAAAGUUCGGUGGUGGCAAUCGCAAGAUGAUGAUUGAGCCACAGAGUUUGGAAUAUCGAGAAACUGACGCGCCGCCUCCUGCGGUACAGGCCUAUUUCCAAGACCAGCCCAAACCUUUAGAUUUCGAAGUAGACAAAGUUAUAGACACGGCAUUCUCUGCGUUAAAGUCUAGCACAACUGACCCGUUUUAUAGACGUCAGUGUUGGGAGGUUCUUCGGUGCUACUUAGCUUCUUCGCUCAAUUUAGACGAUGACAGACCGACGCUAAUGAAGCUGUUCAAUCAUCCGAGCUUCGUUGAAGGCAAAAUUCAUGUGCAAAACGGGCCCUACUACAAAUGUAGCAACAAUAUUGUGCGAAACACUCAUCGCACCGCUUUGACUGGGAUGUUUGUGGCCGCGGCAAUCAAAGAGUUGCGGCAUCACGUGCUGCCCACUAUGGUGUCAUUAGUGCGCCAUUACACAAUGGUAGCUAUAGCCCAAGAAGCCGGGCCGUUCGCCGGCACCGGCGGGCCUAAGGAGGGGCUGGAUGCGUUGGUCCUCGUGGACGCUAUCGCUGUUGUGAUGGGGCACGAAGAGAAGGAGCUGUGUAAACCGGGUCACCUCGCGCUCGUGUUAAUGAUAGAGACAGCAGCUACAGUGCUGGGCAGCAAAGAGCGGGCGUGUCGCUUACCGCUCAUGGAGUAUUUGGCCGAACGCAUGUCCGCCCUCUGUUACGAGCGAGCCUGGUACGCUAAGCUGGGCGGAUGUAUCGCCGUCAAAUUCAUGGUCGAGAAGAUGGCGCCCGAAUGGGUGUACAAACACAUAUUUACGUUUUUGAAAGCCGUCCUGUUCGUGAUGAUGGACUUGACGGGUGAAGUGUCUUCAGGUGCUAUUGAUAUGGCUACUGUGAACCUGGAGCGGUUGGUUCGCGUGUGCGUGACGGGUCCUGCGGUGGUGUCCUCGGAACCCUCGGAAGGCGAAGUGGCCGCUGCGAAGGCUCGGGCAUUGCACGAUGUGCUACAAGAACUUGUCCUCCAAGUCACUAGUCCACAUCUACUUGUUAGACAACAGGCCAUGAAAUCCCUGGAAUUAAUAGCCGAACUCCAAAAUAAGACAGUUACAGAGGUAAUGGAUCCUCACAGGGAAGUUCUAGCUGAUAUCAUUCCGCCUAAAAAACAUUUACUACGACAUCAACCAGCUAACGCCCAAAUGGGCUUGAUGGAUGGAACUACAUUCUGUACAACUCUAAAACCAAGGCUGUUUACGAUUGAUUUGAACAUCAACGAGCACAAAGUAUUUUUCCGCGAGUUGCUCUCAUUGUGUGAGGCCGAAGACGCCAUGCUAGGCAAGCUGCCGUGCUAUAAGGGCGUUAACUUGGUACCGCUUAGAGCGUCGGCCCUUAAAGCUCUGGCAGCCUGUCACUAUAUUCAAGAGAAGCACUGCAGGGAAAAGAUAUUCCAAGUGCUGUACAAAUCACUCGAAAAGAAUGACCAAGAAUUACAACAAGCCGGUUUCGAAUGUAUGCAAAAGUUCCUAUCCGGAUUCCAAAUUGACAUGGAAAUGGUCCAUCCUGUUAUGAGACCGUUGCUACUGACGCUUGGUGACCAUCGCAACCUGAGCGUAAAUGGCGCCAAGAGACUUUCGUACUUAACGCAGCUGUUUCCGUCUACGUUCAGCGAAAAAUUGUGUGAACAGCUGUUGCAAUUGCUCAAAAAAUUACUCGAUUACUCCAUACAAACUAACCGAGGGGGCAACUUCCUUCAGAGUGUUUCGAAAAACAUGGAGAACGAACAGAAGAUCAUAAUUCUGAUCGGCAUAUUCCACCAGAUACCGGCGGCGUCUCCGCGCUUCAUCGAUGUUCUUUGUCGGUUAAUCUUCCAUACUGAGAAGUCACUGAUGAUCGAAGCUGGCUCACCGUUCAGGGAGCCGCUCGUCAAAUUCCUCCUAAGAUACCCAAAGGAGACGCUAGACCUGAUCCUAAGCGACAACAACAUCAAGGACCAGCAGUGGAGCCGCUUCCUCGUGUUCCUGGUGAAACAUGCCGACGCCGGCGCCGCGUACCGGGAAGCGCUGCAGACUGCCAAGAAGCCGCGGCUGAUGCAGCUGCUAGCUGCUAACAGUGGCGCAGCGCCCACGCUGCCGCAGGCCGAUCGCGCCGAAAUGCAGUUCCAGGCGAUCAGAGUGGUAUCGCUGCUGAUCAAGUACGACGAGCAAUGGCUGUCCACGCAGCACGACUUGAUCGAGCUCAUCAAACGGAUAUGGUGCAGCGAUCAGUAUCAUGAGGUACAUAAGAAAGUCGAAAACGUAGACUGCACGCACUGGAAGGAACCUAAACUAAUAGUGAAGAUAUUACUCCACUACUUCUGCCACCAUCCAUCUAGCAUCGAUUUGUUGUUCCAAUUGCUGCGAGCUUUGUGUGACCGGUUCAUUCCAGACUUCCAGUUUUUGCGUGACUUCCUGGAAAACACCGUGGCCCAAAAUUACACUGUAGAAUGGAAACGUACGGCGUUCUUCCGCUUCGUGGAGCAUUUCUCGAGUGAUGCCAUGUCGCAGGAUCUGAAAGCGAAGGUGCUGCAGAUGAUUCUCAUCCCGUGUUUCGCGGUGAGCUUUGAGAAGGGCCAGAAGAUAGUGGGCGGCCCGCCGGCCCCGUAUCAGGACAACCCUGACAACGUAGUCUCCGUGUUUAUAAACAAUGUGAUAGACCCAGAAAACCCGUUCGCAUGCUCGGACGCGGUCCGCAUAUCCCUCCUGCAGUUUGCCUGCUUAUUGCUGGAGCAAGCGUCGGCGCACAUCCACGACGCCAACAACAAGAAGCAAGGCAACAAGCUGAGGCGCCUCAUGACAUUCGCGUGGCCGUGUCUGCUCGGGAAGAACUACGUUGAUCCUGCUACUAGGUAUCACGGACACUUACUGCUAAGUCACAUAAUCGCCAAAUUCGCUAUACACAAGCGGAUCGUUUUACAAGUAUUCCACAGUCUAUUGAAGGCGCACGCUGUGGAAGCGCGCUCUGUGGUGCGGCAGGCGCUAGAGAUCCUCACGCCAGCCAUGCCACAGCGAAUGGAGGACGGCAACACCAUGCUCACGCACUGGACCAAGAAGAUCAUCGUCGAGGACGGCCACUCCGUCCAGCAGCUGUUCCAUAUCCUGCAGCUGGUCGUGCGACACUACAAGGUUUACUACCCAGUGCGUCACGCACUCGUGGGCCAUAUGGUGGCCGCGAUGCAACGCCUGGGCUUCUCGGCCACAGCGUCGCUGGAGCACCGACGACUGGCGGUGGACUUAGCCGAGGUUGCGCUCAAGUGGGAGCUACAACGCGUCCGCGAUCACACGCACACAGACACCGUGGUGGCGACAUCCCCCGGUGGCAGCAUGAAACGCAUAUCGGGUGAGGACAGCGGUCUGGAGGCGCGAAAGGCUCUCAACACGGGCUGGGCAAGCCCGCAAGCGAGCGUGUCGCGCCUCGAGCCCGACGCGGCCAAGCCUCUUGACAAACAGCACGUGGAUGUAGUUGUGAACCUGCUGCUGCGGCUGGCGUGCCAGCAGGUGAACGAAGGCAACGUGGGCGCGGCCGGUGCCGCGGCGGGGGCGGCGGCGCUCGGCGCGGCCGGCUCGCCCGGGGAGCAGCUGUCGCGGCGCUGCGUCAUGCUGCUCAAGGCCGCGCUCAAGCCCGACGUGUGGCCGCACCACUGCGAGCCCAAGCUGGCCUGGCUGGACAAGGUGUUCUCAACGGCCGAAAGCAACGCAGCAGCUUGCGCGAACGCGUGUACUGCUCUCGAACUACUCGCCUUCUUACUGGGAGUAUUGCGGCGCGAGCAGAUACUAGCAGCAUUGAAGCCGCUGCAACGCGGUCUUGCGGCUUGCGUGUCGUCUGCCAACGCCAAGAUCGUGCGUCUCACGCAUAACCUGCUGGCCAAGCUUACCUCGCUGUUCCCCACGGAGCCUUCCGGAGCUGCGCAGGCCUCCAAGUACGAAGAAUUAGAGACGCUAUACGCGUGCGUCAGCAAGUACGCGUUCGAAGGCCUCGCAACUUACGAGAAGUCUGCCGCCGGCGGCGGCGCCGGCGCUCUGCUGGGGCCGCUCAUGAUGCUCAAGGCGUGCUGCUCCUCCAACCCUGCCUACAUCGACCGCUUACUACUGCCUCUUAUGAGAGUCCUACAGCGGAUGGCUCGGGACCAUGUCGCGCCUAAUCCAGAUACGGCUACGUCGGAUUUACUGAUACUGGCGUUAGAUCUGCUAAAAGCGCGCGUGUGUAUCAUGCCUACUGACACCAGAAAAACAUUCAUUGGUGCUGUACUCGUGGGGCUUAUUGAAAAAACUACCGAUGCGAAGGUGAUGAAAGCAAUCACGCGCAUGGUAGAAGAAUGGGUAAAGAAAUACAACCACAUGACAAUGACGAGCGCGGCGGCGGCGGCCGGGCAGGCGGGCCCUACUCUGCGCGAGAAGUCCAUACUUCUCGUGAAACUCAUGCAGUAUGUAGAGAAACGCUUCCCCGAUGAUUUAGAGCUGAACGCACAUUUCUUGGAUAUCAUCAAUCACGUAUACAGAGACGAACAUCUAAGAAUAUCCGAGCUGUCAAUGAAGCUAGAGCCUGCCUUUUUGGCGGGGUUGCGCUGUCCGCAGCCGCAUAUCCGCGCCAAGUUCUUCGAGGUGUAUGACCAGAGCGUGCGCCGGCGCAUCUUCGACCGAUUGCUGUAUAUCAUCUGCUCGCAGAACUGGGAGCAUAUCGGCCAGCACUUCUGGAUAAAGCAGUGCCUUGAGCUGCUCUUGGUUACUUGUGUUUCUAGUACACAAAUCCGUCUCUCGAAUACCAAGUAUCUACUGCCUAACAUAGCCGCAGUGAUCAACUGGGCGGACAGCGAGGAGCGCAAGUCCUUUGUUGUUUUCAGUACCGUGAAGGAGGAGUCGUCAGACGGUUUCACUGACUCUAUGGAUCCCGACAAAGAUGAUGUACUAGAUAUGGACCUCGAUUCUAACUCCAAUCAAAAAGAAGACGUCACCAAAAAUGCCCCAAACAGACAACGAGCCCUAACGCAGAUAAUUAAUAAGCAGUCCGAGUUUUUGGAGCUGGCGCGGCGGGUUCGCACGGAACAGCUAGUUGUGGCCGCGGCGCAGCUGUGCCACAUGGACGACCAACUGGCGCACCACACGUGGCUGAGACUGUUCCCUCGGCUUUGGAACACGUUGGACGAAAGACAACUGGGGACGGUCAUGAACGAAAUCGUGCCAUUCAUCAUAUCUGGCGUUCACGUGGGCCAAAGAGAUCAACCUCUCAGCGCACUCAAUACAUUCAUCGAAGCGCUAGCCAGGUGCAACCCACCGAUUACCAUCAAACCGCCAAUGAUGAAGUAUUUGGGCAAGACACACAACCUAUGGCACCGCAUGACAUUGAACCUGGAGCAAAUGGCCAUUGAUCAGACCGGCAGCAGCCGGGUGCCGCGGGAGGCUCUGGUCUACGACUUUGAUGUUGAAUCGACCACGCCGACCGAAAUACUUGAUUCAUUGAGCGACAUGUAUGAACUAUUACAAGAAGAAGACAUGUGGUCAGGACUAUGGCAAAAGCACGCGCGCUACCGUGAGACCAAUGUUGCUAUUGCGUAUGAGCAACAAGGAUUCUUUGAGCAAGCACAGGCUGCCUAUGACAUCGCAAUGGCCAAAUUAAAACAAGACUACACAAGCAACCCAUCGUCAUAUACCAUGCACAAGGAGUGCACCCUCUGGACUCAGCACUGGCUUAAGUGCGCCAAGGAGCUGAACCAGUGGGAUUCAUUGCUGGAGUUGGGACUCACCAGAAGUUCCCGGGACCCUUUCCUGAUCCUAGAAAGUUCCUGGAGGAAUCCAAACUGGCCGACAAUGAAAGACGCACUCGCUGAAGUAGAGUACAACUGUCCUAAGGAAUUAACGUGGCUAGUGAACUUGUACCGCGGCUAUUUGUGCAUCUGCGCCGGCGGCGAGCAGCAGCUGAGCGGCGUGGAGAGACACGCGGAGGCGGCGGCGGCGCAGUGCCUGCGCGAGUGGCGCCGCCUGCCGCGCGUGGUGUCGCACGCGCACCUGCCGCUCCUGCGCGCCGCGCAGCAGCUCAUGGAGCUCAGCGAGGCCGCGCAGAUACACACGGGCCUCCUACAUAGCCGCCCCACGUCUCUACACGACAUGAAAGCAAUAGUGAAGACAUGGCGCAAUCGUCUGCCCGUCGUAGCAGACCCGCUGUCGCACUGGGGCGCCAUUUUCACGUGGCGCCAGCAUCACUAUCAGUUCAUCGCUUCCCACUACGACUCGCAGACAGAACACGGGUCUAAUCAUAGUAUGUUGGGGGUACAUGCGAGUGCACAGGCGAUUAUUCAUUUCGCGAAGAUAGCAAGAAAACACAACUUGUCGGGCGUAUGCCUCGAUUCCCUCCAUCGUAUCUACACCAUACCUAGCGUCCCUAUCGUGGACUGCUUCCAGAAGAUUCGGCAGCAAGUGAAAUGCCACAUUCAGAUGUCCUGGACCGAAGGAAAGGAAGAGUUGCAGGAGGGCUUGGACAUGAUUGAGUCAACGAACUUCAAAUACUUCACGAAAGAAAUGACAGCGGAGUUUUACGCGUUCAAGGGGUUAUUGUUGGCUCAAUUGGGUCGGUCAGAGGACGCUAAUAAAGCGUUUGCAGCGGCCGUCCAACUACACGAUACUCUGGUCAAGGCGUGGGCUCUUUGGGGUGACUAUUUGGAGCAGAUAUUCAUCAGGGACCCGCGCCAGACAACUGUGGGCGUUUCGGCCAUGACUUGCUUCUUGCACGCUUGCAGGCACCAGAACGAAUCUAAAUCGCGCAAGUAUUGUGCGAAGGUAUUGUGGAUGUUAAGUUUCGACGACGAAAAGAACAGUCUCGCUGAGGCACUAGACAAGUAUUCUGUGGGCGUGCCGCCCGUACAGUGGCUGCCCUGGAUACCGCAGUUGCUCGCAUGUCUCGUGCAGUACGAUGGAAACGUGAUACUGAACUUGCUAAGCCAUGUUGGCAGAUUGUAUCCUCAGGCAGUUUACUUCCCCAUAAGAACGUUAUACCUAACGCUUAAAAUCGAACAACGUGAAAGACACAAAACCGCAGAAAACAUAGCGGCGCACUUACCACAUCAAACCACCACCUCAACCGGUACCAGCAAGGUGAGUGAGGCAGCAUCUUCGUCGAGCGGCGGCUCCACGGGCAGCGAGACGGGCUCCAUCAAGGCCACGCUGCCCAUGUGGCGCUGCUCGAAGAUAAUGCAGUUGCAGAGGGAGAUACACCCCACUGUGCUCUCGUCGCUAGAGGGCAUUGUAGAUCAGAUGGUAUGGUUCCGCGAGAACUGGUACGAGGAGGUGCUCCGACAGUUGCGCGCGGGCCUGGCCAAGUGUCACGUGGUGGCGUUCCACCACCGCGCCGCCGUCGCCGACGCCACCGUAACGCCGCACACGCUCAACUUCAUCAAGAAGGUCGUGUCCACGUUCGGCAUCGGCAUCGGAAUUAAAAGUGUUUCAAGUUCUGUAAGUGGUGCAUUCUCUUCAGCUGCAUCGGAGAGCCUGGCUCGCCGCGCUCAGGCCACUGUGCAGGACCCCGUCUUCCAGAAGAUGAAGACCCAGUUCACCGCUGACUUCGACUUUUCACAACCCAAUGCCAUGAAAUUACAAAAUCUCAUACAAAAACUAAGGAAAUGGGUCAAGAUACUUGAGGCAAAAACAAAAGUUCUCCCCAAGUCAUUCCUCAUAGAAGAAAAGUGCCGAUUCCUGUCGAACUUCAGCUUAAAAACGGCCGAAGUCGAACUGCCGGGAGAGUUCCUACUCCCCAAGCAUACGCACUAUCACGUGAGGAUCGCGCGAUUCAUGCCGCGAGUGGAGAUCGUUCAGAAGCACAAUACGUCCGCUCGGCGGCUGUACAUUCGCGGGCACAAUGGAAAGAUAUACCCGUACCUCGUGGUCAACGACUCGGGGCUCGGCGACGCUAGGAGGGAAGAGCGCGUCCUACAGUUGCUCAGGAUGCUCAACCACUACCUGGGCAAGCAAAAGGAGACUUCCAGAAGAUUCCUGCACUUCACCGUACCGCGUGUCGUGUCCGUGUCACCGCAGAUGCGCCUCGUAGAAGACAACCCCAGCUCGAUAUCCCUACUAGAUAUUUAUCGCACGGAAUGUGUGAACAGGGGCGUGGAGUAUGACGCGCCAGUCGCGCGCUACUACGAGCGUUUGGCCGCGGUGCAGGCUCGCGGCACGCAGGCCUCACAUCAAGUGCUACGAGACAUCCUACGGGAGGUGCAAGCGACAAUGGUCCCUAAAGGCAUGGUGCGUGAGUGGGCGGCGGCGACUUUUGCCGCGCCCACCGACUACUGGACGUUCCGCAAGAUGCUGACGCUGCAACUGUCCCUGGCCAGCUUCGCCGAGUACGUGCUGCAUCUGACGCGGCUCAACCCUGACAUGAUGUAUGUCCAUCAAGACUCGGGGCUCCUCAACGUGUCUUACUUCAAGUUUGACGUCGACGAUACUACAGGAGAACUCGACGGGAACCGGCCGGUGCCGUUCCGUCUGACGCCGAACAUAUCUGAGCUGCUGACCUCCAUCGGCAUCACUGGUCCACUCACGGCUUCGGCCAUCUCAGUGGCCAGAUGUCUAGUCACACCCAACUUCAAGAUCCAAUCGAUACUCCGGACAAUAUUACGAGACGAGAUGAUGACCGGAUACAGAAAGCGGUUGGAAGACAAAACAGGGAUGCCCACUGCUGGCACGUCCUCAGAAAACAAGCCCAUGGAGAUGGAUAACGAUACGCUCAUUAACAUGGUGAACAAAGCCGUGACUCAGAUUAUGAACAGACUGAAUUCUCUUGCCACGUUCGACGGCCCCGACAGCAAGGUGGCAACCCUGGUCACUGCCGCCAACAGCCACGACAACCUCUGCCGAAUGGACCCUGCGUGGCACCCCUGGCUCUAAACAUAAGUUCCUCCACCUGAAAGUGUCCACGUUAGUAUUAUUUUAUUUUAUUAUUAGCGACGUCGAUAAAGGACUCUUUUCAUGACAUAUUACUGAGUGAUGCGGAUGUGUAACAUAUAAUUUUACGUGACAUUUAUGUUUAAUAAUAAGAGUAAUUAAGGAACACAAUAAUAGGUAUUAUAAUAUCAUGAUGACGCGCGCCACCAUUUUGAUGUUUAGUGGACUGAGAUAAUGAUAUGUGUACUAGGUAAGUAUUUGUGAUAAAAAAAAACAUGCGAAAGCUAAAAUAGUGAAUGGUGUCCCGCGUCUCAUGAUAUCGAUCUGUACCGAAAUGAUUCUCGUAUAAAUUAGGCCUAGACUACGUCCACGCCCACUAAAAUGUACUGAAAGUGUAAAGGGCAUCGGAUAAUGUGAUUGUACUGAAGAUUAAAAUUUAAUAAUGA